AUGUCCUGCUACGACAUCUGCCGCCCCUGCGGACCCACCCCGCUGGCUAACAGCUGCAACGAGCCCUGUGUCAGGCAGUGCGAGGACUCCCACAUCAUCAUCCAGCCUCCGACCGUGCUGGUCACCCUGCCAGGACCCAUCCUCAGCUCCUUCCCCCAGAACACCGCCGUUGGAUCCUCCGCAUCAGCUGCCGUGGGCAGCAACCUCAGCGCCCAGGGAGUGCCCAUCUCUGGAGGCGGCUUCGGAGGCUUUGGCCUGGGAGGCCUGGGCUGCAUCUCUGGUGGAAGAGCCUGCUACCCCUGCUAA